GAAGAAUUGAAGUAGAAUAUCUCAAAUCGAUGAGGUCUUGGAUUUCAUCUAAAUUAGUUGAACAUAAAGUGCCACAGAGGUAUAUUUAUAUACAUCUGGUCACUAUGAAGUCAUGCAUAAUAACACCAUAGUAAUACUCUAAUUGACAGAUCAUUAGUAUUAUUAUUUCCCUAAAUAACACUCAGCUUUAUACAACGUACAAAGAACUGCAUCUAAGCCCAAAAUGCCAAUAUAUUAUGAGAUUGACCAUGUCCCUGACAUCCUGGAUGGCAUCCCCCCAGGGACCAAUGAAUAUCACUACGGGGGAAUAGACCACUACAAACAGAUCCUUAACCUAAAAAGCAACAGACCAGACAAGGGAACCGAUUUUAUAAUCUUCUUCGACGUCAACGAAGACGUAUUUACCAACAAGAUUCAAACACUCGAAGAAAAACCGCCUAUCAGCGCUUACGAUCCCAUCAAGAGCAUUCUUUUGCUCAAAAUGACAACACAAGUCCACGAACAGGCAGCCCAAGGCAUUACGGCGAUGAUACAGGAGGAGAUACUUGAGAUGGGACUUUCAGACAAUAUGUGUUUCAUAGGAUCUGCCCAGGUCCAGACACAAUCCCGACAGAAGAAGGCAGAUCAGGAGUAUGUCCCCGUCGAACUCCCGAAGGGUCGAACGAGGAAAUGGCCAUCUGCGGUUGUGGAAACUGGUUACUCUGAAUCAAAAUCGAAACUCCAGACAGAUGCACAGUGGUGGCUGGCUGAAUCCAACGGCGAGGUGCGGACUGCUCUCACAAUCUCAGUCCACCAAAAGAAAGAGGAAAUCGUCUUACAGAAAUGGGAGAUGAUGGAACGGCCGACUAGGGAAAACCCAGACAGACAUGCGCCAGUGAUGAUGCAGCAAGUAGUCAUGUCUAGAAGACCAGGAGAGGGGGCUAUUCAUAUUUCAAACGCUCCAUUGAGGAUCGCCUUCGAGAGUUUGUUUUUACGGCCUGCAGGGGAGUCCGAGAGAGAUAUUCUGUUCACGGAGAAGAGUCUCAAGUCAUUGGCGACAAAGGUUUGGGUAGUACAACAGCUCUAGGGCUUGUAUUGUCUUUCCCUCCCGGUUGAUGGGCGAGUCAGAAUAGCUACUAUGUUCUGUAUCAAUUGCAGUCAAGGCUGAUUUCAAAUUUCAUAUUAUCAUUGAAGAUGAGUCAUUCCUUUCAAAGGUCGUUCAGAAGCAUGACACCAUGAAACAUCAGUGUUGACCUGGAGGGUCAUGAGAG